ACAAAGGCGAAUGCGAAAAUUGAAAAAAUUAAUAUUGAAAAUAAUGAAAUUCAAAUGAAUUCGAAAAAUGAAGAUGAAUUUAGGCUCGGUGUAAAGUGUGGCAAUGAAAAUGAUCCUACAUUAAUGGAAUGUGAUUUAAAUACUUCAAUUGAGGCGUUUGAGUUGAGGUUAAGUCCCGAACAAAGUGCAGAAUCUGAAAGUGGUGAAACAUCUCAAGAUAAUGUAAACACUGAUAGUGAUACUUCAAUUGAUAGUCAAGAAAAUGUAAAUAUAAAUGAGAGUUGGACUAAAGACGAAGAUAAAACGAUAUUAGAAACGUUACAAAAAGAAGGGCAUAGAGAGGAAACUUUCGUAAAAAUCGCGGAAUUAUUAAAAAGUAGGUCUGUGGAUAAAAUUAAGGAACGAUUUCAAUUGCUGAUGAGGUUAAUACAAGAAAUGGCCAAUAAAAAGACUUAAUUUAUUCGUUAAUUUGUAAGAUUAGAAAUAAAUGUUUAUUAUAUAAUUAUAAAUUAUUAUAUUUAUUAAAAAUUUGAUUAGAAACAUCGUCAUCGACAGAAUAAACUAAUUCUUCUGCAUAA